GCUUCCCCGGAUUAUCAGUUUGCGGAGAUCUGAUCACCGCCCCAUUCAGCUCCCAAGGCUCCUAUAUAAAGACCCUCAUUCGAGACACAAGGAGUGGGAACGAGUAUCUAUUCAUCGUUUAGCAAGGCCACCAUGUCUGAAAAGCCUGUUGGGCCGGCGUCACAGCAUGUGGAUAAUAUUAUCGACGAGAAAGGUCCAAGCCAAAUCGCCUGGGAUGGAGAGACUCUAAUCCAGGAGAAACGUCUAGUCCGGAAACUGGACUUGACGUUGAUGCCGAUGGUGUGGGUUCUAUACCUGUUCAACUAUUUGGACCGCAAUAACAUCGCGCAAGCCAAAUUAAACUCUUUUGAAGAGGAUCUGAACUUACAUGGCAGUGAAUACAACACCGCCAUUUCAAUUCUCAACGUCGGGUACAUGCUCAUGCAGUUACCGAGUAAUAUGAUCAUAACGCGAGUUCGUCCAUCCAUAUACAUUGCAAUCUGGGUGUGUGUGUGGUCCUGCAUAUCCGCAGCUACCGGUGCCGUACACACGUACGGGCAACUGAUAGCAGUGCGUCUAUUGCUGGGUAUUUCUGAAGCGCCCUUCUUUCCGGGGGUAUUCUACCUUCUCUCCUGUUGGUACACCAAGAGAGAACUGGCGCUCAGAACUGCCGUUCUAUACUCUGGCCUUGUUCUCGCUACUGCGUUUUCCGGCCUUCUUGCCGCCGGGAUAUUCUCUGGCCUGGACGGGGCGCGUGGGCUGGCCGGGUGGCGCUGGUUGUUUAUCAUCGAAGGGGCCGGCAGUUUUGUUGCUGGCCUUCUCGCACUGCUUCUGCUUCCAGACUUUCCCGGAACUGCAACAGGCUCGACGAAGUGGGUUUUUAAUGAGUCCGAGCGGGCACUGGCCAUAGAUCGCAUCCAGAGGGACCAGGUGUCCAACCAGGAGUCGGACCGAUCAGUUUGGUUUGGGCUCAAAUCAGCUGUUAAGGAUCCCCGAGUUGCUGUAUUUGCCCUCAUGCUCUGUGCGAACCACACCGCGUACGGCUUCAACAAUUUCUACCCAUCAAUUGUCAGAGGAUUCAACCUAGGAAGUACGGUCGUGACACUCUUGUGCACUGCACCACCGUAUGUUCUCGGGGCGAUUAUUGCGUUCGGCGUCGCAUGGUCGAGUGACCGAAUCGGUGAUCGAGGCCAUCACAUUGGCGGAUCCAUGGCUGUGGCCGUUGCUGGCUUCGUGAUCAGCGUGUCAACGCUGAAUACCCCUGCACGGUACUUCUCCUCGUUUCUGUACAUCCCGGGAUGCUUUGCAGCCAACUCCCUGGUGUACACCUGGGCCGCGUCGGCAGUGAGCCAGACGCCGGAGAAGCGAGCCUGUGCGACGGCACUCAUCAACCUGACCAGCCAGCUGGGCAACAUCUGGAGCCCGUAUUUCUUCCGCGACGGCGACGAACCGCGUUAUGUGCUCGCGAUGAUCCUGAUGAUGGCGUUUGCUGUGCUGAGCAUUGCCUGCUGCGUGGUGAUGAAAGUGACGCUGAAGCGAGACAACCGCAAGCUUAUCGCAAGAUAUGAGGCAAUGGGAGAGCAGCCAACCUUGCACACUCUAUAGGCAGUCCAGGAGGGCCGUGGGGAAUCUUGGAGCAGGAGGGUGGUAGCAUGCCCUCGGCAGCUUAGAUAGCCUUGAAUCUGGGGGAGAGAG